CCCAGAAUGAAUACCUAUUGGAAUGUGGGACAAUCUUGGCCACUCACCAGUUACAGAGAAUGGAACCGUUGUGGGGACUUGUAUGAUUAUUGACUUGUGAUUCGCCACAGUUAGACCCAUAGAUUAUUAAGCUGUGGAGGAUGGAAGUUGGUGUCUCCUGAGCUUCUUAUUAAUUGUUCUCGAGGACCGAGAGCUUAUGCAUAUACUCAGCAGCUCACAUACGCAUUAGGGCAACACUUUCCCUAGUUUGUCCGCGUGUCUUGAUAGUUGAUAGACGCAUAACAGAAUGGUGUCUGAGGCGCCUAAGCGUGUUACUCUGCGCAGAUCAUGCCAAGCCUGCGUUCGAGGCAAGCGUCGUUGCGACCAACUCUGGCCGCGGUGUAGUCGGUGCCAGGCACGAGGCAGCGACUGUGAAUACAUCAAUAUUCCACUGCCAGCUAGACCCGAUCCCUCCAAUAUCAGUCCACGGUCUGUACGCCAAGUAAUCCCCGUGUCGGCUCUGCCGAUACACCGGCCGCUCCCGUUGGUGAUUAUGAAAGGAUACGAUCGGGAAAUCAUUUCGUUCCUUAUAGCCGGAAUGCGACGCUUUCCUAUCGAGUUCGCUGAAAAUAUGAAGACCCAGUUUAUCCACCCAGACCUUUGUCACAAGCGCGAGGCUUCAACCGUGUUUCAAAAUGUUCAGUCACUUUGCAAACUGCAUACCCAAGCUAGUCAGGGGGGCAACACCACGGCUCUUACACCUCUACUACAGCAGCACUGUGCAGAACUCCUUCGCAAGUCGGGUCGUCCAGCUAGUUUCCAGGAGCUUCUCGCAAUCAUCCAAUCGUUGCUGAUCCUACAGUGCCUUCUCGUCCUCGAUGAGAGAGCCGAUGAUGGUCCCUAUUCGGAAACAAUCAGCACUAUGCUCUCUAAUGUUGGGCGGCGCCUCUGGCAGCAAGCUCCUAUCCAACUCUCCCAUACUCUGAGUCCACGAGAGGCAUGGCUCUUCGCAGAGAGUGUUCGGCGGACAAUCAUCGUCGCGUUCAUGUUGCGCAGUGUAUAUUCGCUACUAAAGCGAAACUACUCCGUCCGCACUCCGUUUGUCGACUCAUUACCUUUCGAUGUUCGCACCCCCCUGUGGGAUACAGAACAUGAGGACUGGGAUGACACAACGCCUGCAUCUUUAGAAAACAUGGUUUCCUUGCAACAGUAUUCGACCUUGCUAGAUUCGGGUGCAGUCCAUGGCAUCUCGCCUUUCAGUGCUCUAAUAUUGGCGGCAUGUAAAGGCAAAGCUGUUUCCGACGUACCUUACCCGCCUGUUACAGGUUACAAGACCUACUGAGAGCUAAGGCGAAUGAACACUGCUCAAAGACAUGGAACAAUAAUUCGG